AUGGAGCACAUUUUGCCUGAACAUCAGCAGUUGAAUUCUAGUCUCAAGUUCAUUAGACCUUCUACAGCGGAUAGAUUGAAAGAAAGCAUAAAAGAGGUUCAGAAAACAUUGCUGUACAGUUAUGGUAUUCGUUCAGAGCCUGUCAACAGUGACAAAAAUGAUAGAAUCCUCCUCCAAAUCAGUGCCGAUCCGUUGAGGCUCCAGUAUUCUCCACCAAAGCAUGAUGACAACAUAGAUGAUGCCAUAUUCCAACAGCUUCGUUUUCCCCAUCUCAAAAGACCAUUGCUCUCGCCAGCGCCAUCCAAUGCUUCAUCGGCAUCCUCUUCACCCGCUUUGGGUCUAAAUUCUGCUGCUGCUUCAGUCUCCAAUGAAACGGCUCAUGCAUCGUCCAUCAACACAUCAUCUGCUGCUUCCUUCCUUGCUAACUUUAUGUCUCCUGUAGCGACCAAUUCGGCAUGCAAAGUAAAUCAGCAUCCAGAUGAACCAAACGCAACCGUUGAUGACUACAUACUGGGCGAUUCGAUUGGAUUUGGCGGAUUUUCUACAGUGCGAAAGGCAACACAUGCACAGACGGGUCACAUUGUAGCUGUCAAGAUCAUCCAGCAUCAACACAUGAACGAGUUGAGCUUAACUAGGCUUGACCGAGAAUUAUCCAUCUGGCGCUCGCUGAAUCAUCCCAACAUUGUUCAUUUACUCAAGGUGAUUCACGUAGAGGCACAACACAUAGCGUACGUUUUCAAUGAUUACUGCAGUGGUGGUAACCUGCUGGGCCAUCUGAACAAGCACAAGCCUAUGGAAGAGAAGGAAGCGAAACUACUGUUCAGCGAGCUAUGUCAGGGCAUCCGGUACCUCCAUGUAGAUCGCCGUGUGUGCCAUAAGGACCUGAAGCUGGAGAACAUCUUGCUUGAUGGUGACGGACACAUCAAAAUUUGUGAUUUUGGAUUAGCCAUCGACAUCCCUCAGCAACAGAUCCAUCGACAUUGCUACAAAAAGACAAGAAAGCAAGAUGGCUGCUGCGAGCUAGAAACAGCUGGUGGCUCUCUGGCCUAUGCAGCUCCUGAGCAGAUUCGACAAAAAAUGCCUUUAGUAUGCCCCAAAACAGAUAUCUGGUCUCUGGGUGUAAUUUUGUAUACGCUGACUGUAGGCUCCCUGCCAUUCAUGGAUGAUUACGAUCUACGAUUGCAGCAAAAGAUAUUAGAAGGUCAUUUCGAGGUGCCACAUGACUUGGCCUUGUCAACCGCCUUGAAGGAAUUGAUUUAUGCAUGCUUGGCUUACGAGCCUGAAAAGCGAUUUGAUAUACAAGACAUCUUGCAAUCCAAAUGGAUAAACGAAUAA